CACUGAGCAUGCGCACUACGCCAUAUUGCCUUCCCUACUUCACUUGCAAAACUAAGUGCUUUGGAAAACCUUUAAAAAUUCUGGUUUUAUGAUCUUCUAACCAUAAUUUUUACUUAACGCAGAGAUGGACCCACCUAUGAGCGAUUCUUAUCCUAAAAGUUCUACUGUGCCAAGAAGGCGAAUAACUUCUGUACAUUCUGAGGGCUCUUACUAUAAUCCACCACCAGUUCAGAAGAGAAAUGUCAGACAGAAAGCUCAUCAAAGACACCAGCCUGGUGGGUAUGGUGGUGGUGGUAUGGGGUCCUCCCAUUUGUUUGACGACACCAGUGCAGACCAGCAUGGACCAAUGCCUGGUCCUGGUCAGCAGUAUGCUGGCGUAGAUUUCCUUCAAGCGCCUGUUACUAACAUGGCUUUUCAGUAUGGCACUAACAUGGCAUCACAAGGAAAGGAGUAUGUAGAAAAAAAUCUCGACAGAUUUGUUUCUGUUUCCAAAUUAAAAUACUACUUUGCAGUUGACACUGGCUAUGUUGUAAAGAAACUUGGUUUACUUCUCUUCCCUUUUACACACAAGAACUGGGCAGUCCAGUACAACAAAUCAGAACCUGUUGCUCCAAGAUAUGAAAUAAAUGCACCAGACCUAUACAUUCCUGUAAUGGCUUUUGUCACAUAUGUGCUUGUUGCUGGCCUUGUACUGGGUACUCAAAACAGAUUCACCCCCGAACAGCUAGGAAUCACAGCAAGCUCRGCYCUGAUCUGGUUGGUGGUUGAAAUCAUGGCUAUUMUAUUUUCCAUGUACGUUUGUAAUGUGCAAGCAGAAGUCAAAACUCUAGACUUGCUAGCAUUCUGUGGAUAUAAGUACUUUGGAAUGAUUCUCAGCAGUCUAGCAGGUCUUCUCUUCAAUUCUACUGGAUAUUAUACUGUGUUUAUUUACAUGAGUAUUACUGAUGCUUUCUUUUUGAUUCGAACCCUUCGUCUAAUCAUCAUGCCUGAGACAGAAUCAGAUAGUAUUGCACGUACAAGCAAAAGGCGGAUCUACUUGCUGCUAUUUAUUGCUGCCUUGCAACCUUUCUUUAUGUACUUCUUGACCAACCACUUAAGACCCUCAACAACUACAGUAGAGUCAUAAAGAAAACUUUUUUACAGUAUCUAUCAUUAUUUUUUCAUGACAGUCUAGAUUUCAUGUGUUAUCUUGGUCAUGAAUAUGUAUGAAGUAGAUUUGAUAUUCUAGCACAUCCUAAGAGAAAGUGAAAACUAUGUAGACUGUUGGUUUUCAUGUUGUUUACARCUCUAUGCUGUGUUUAUAAUUUAAGGCAAAGGAUCAAGGCAGAUAAAAGGCAGAUUUGAUCUCCAGUUUAACCUGCAUUCAACUCAUUUAGUUUAUGCUCUGAAGACCUCUGUGAAAGAAAGAAGUCAAAGGAGGAACCAGUAUUUGGACGUGUGCAGGCCCACUCUGGUCAUUAUCUGGUGAAGUUGGCCUGCACACAGACUAGUUGGGAAAGGAUCUUGGCCUAGGCAGGAGAUGGCAAACAACUURAAUAAGGAAUAAUUUGCAGUAUUGCUAUGAAAUUGGUGGCCUUUUGAAACUUCCUUGCGUUUUUUCAUCAGAAGAUUAUUUUGUAAAAAGUAAAAUUAUGCAUAAGUAUGUGGUGCAUUUUUUGAGUGACUGCAUGUCAGAUGAAGCACAUUAAUUGCACUAUUUCACUAUGAUGUCACUGCUUGUUUGUGUGAGGGAUAGAAUUGCCAAAUCGAAUAGAAAAUUCGACAAGAUUUGCUCCUAGCGAAACAGUUUAAUCUAAAAUGGCCUGCUUUUCAGAUAUUAUAUGUGUUAAUAUGUACUAAGAAUAUUCUGAGCAUUUGCUGGCUAUUGUACUUCUCUUCGUAGAUUGAUAUGGGUUUUAGAACAAUUUUCAGUGAAUUUGCGUUGAUUUGACCCUCUCCGACAACCAUGAUCCUUUGCCUUUAAACAAUAGAUUGUUUUGAUGUGACAUCAUAGUGAAAUAGGGCAAUUGUAUGACAACAAUCACUCCAACCUUGAGUAUGAACCAUUAAUUGUUCCAGAGGUCWAUUAUAAUUUUCCUAGAUUAAAUAGUAGUACCUCCUGAGGAGAGUUGGGGGGAGUAAAAGUGCUGUGUCCUACCACUAACAUGACUAUUAAAUCUUUAAAUGACAGAUGACAGAGAACUACCAUUAGAACAAAAUUAUUGUAUGAAAGUUAAUAUUAGAAAUCAAUAAAAUAAUAACAUAACAUAACAUAAAAUAAA